CCUCCCCGUCUCCCGUUACGCGCCCGUCCAAGAACAUGCCCCAACUCGCCAGAUACCUCCAGAUCAACACCGCGCGCGACGCCACGCCGACCAAGUACGACUACGCCCUCGUGCUGAACGGCGAAGACAUCGAGACCACGCCCCUGUACGGCGAGGUGCAGCCGAAGAAGAACGUAACGCUGUUUGGCACCCACAACGAGAAGGACUUCGGCGUCGUCGGGAACCCACCCGCGACCCGCACGUUCGAGGUCAUCCCCGGCUCCCACCACGUCCUGGAGGCGUCCAACCGCAAGCUCGAGAACGUCAAAGCCGUCCUCGUCGUCAACGCCAUCUGCACAGCUGUGCCGGAACCCAAUUUUUACGCGCAGGUGGAAAACGCCGGUAAAGAGAUCGGCCCCAUGUUCGCGCAACACGACGGCCUCAUCGUCAAGCACUUCCUAUGCAGCGCGUGGGGCGACAAGGACAUCGGCGGCGGCCUGUACUUCUUCGAGACGAAGGAGCAGGCGGAGGCGUAUCUCGCUUCCGAAUUUUGGGACGCGAUCCUGGUCGACACCGAGUGGGACAAGGACAGCAUCACGUACGAGUUGUACAGCGUGAACGGGUACGCGAUGGCGGCUUGAGUCGGAAGCGACGACGGACCUCACGGCCGACCGACUUCACGGCCGUUUACCGCGUGAAAGUCUUCGAACCUUGUAACACUCACUGUUGAUACCA